AUGGUUCGAAAAUACGUAUCCAUCAUCGGGUCAGGUCCGUCGGGGUUUUACACCGCUCAUCAUCUGCUACAAAAUGUUAAGGUACCUUUAGAAGUGACUAUAUGGGAAAGGCUACCAGUGCCAUUCGGACUUUCUAGGUAUGGUGUUGCGCCUGAUCAUCCUAACGUUAAGAACUGUGAGGACACGUUUACUGAUACUGUCAAAGAUGUGAUGGGGAAGGAUUCAAUACAUAAGUUCAAUUUUAUCGGAAAUUGUGAAGUCGGAAAAGAUAUAGAACUUUCGAAGCUGCUAAGCAAGCAGGAUGCUGUCGUGUUAAGCUAUGGAUGUGCCACUGAUAGGAAAUUAGGUAUUCCUGGGGAAAAUGACACUACUGGUGUAUUUACUAGUAGACAAUUUGUGAAUUGGUAUAAUGGACAUCCAGACUUUGCGUUACAUCCUAAAUUUAUGGACUUUGAUUGGAAAAGUGUCAAGAACGUUGGUAUAAUCGGUAAUGGUAACGUGGCAUUGGACCUAGCAAGAUUACUACUGAGCAAUAAUGUAGAUUCGAUAUGGGGCCGUACAGAUAUCAGCCCAAUUGCAUUGAAUAAGUUGCGAGAGGCUCCAAUUGAAAAUGUGAAGUUAAUAGCCAGAAGAGACUUCCCUAAUAGUAAGUUCACAAAUAAAGAACUAAGAGAAAUGUGGCUACUAGAAGAAUAUGGUGUAAGGGGUCACAUUGACAGCAAAUUUUUUACGCCUGAAGAAUGGGAGAUGAAGGAGCAAGUCAGAUCUUUUAGAAGAUGCGUCGAUCUUUGUUCGGAAUACGUGAAACCUUUCGAGUUAAGAUCAGCAAAAUAUAAGAAACUACCUCAGCCAACCAAUGGAAUCUUUACGAAGAAUUGGGAGCUUGAUUAUUUGAAGACUCCUUUAGAAAUCUUGAAAGACGAGACCACUGGAUAUAUCAAAUCAUUGAAAUUAUGCAACAAUACUCUAACGAAAGCCAACAAAGUGAUACCUCACGAAGAGGAAACAAUGUCAUACGAGGUAGACCUUCUAAUCACUUCUUUAGGAUACAAGGGCUCUGCAAUGGCUGGAUUUGAGGAAUUAGGAGUUCAAUUCGAUAAUGCAAAGGUCACUAACAAGCAGGGACGCGUUCUCAAUACUGAGGGAAAUGAGAUUCCAAGACUUUACACUUCUGGUUGGAUAGGAAGAGGUGCAUCCGGGGUCAUCCUGGCAACUAUGACUAACGCCUUUAAGGUCGCAGAUAAUAUCUUAAAGGAUCUAAAUGUACUUCCCACGAGGGAAGGCACGUCACUUCCAUCGCUACAGAAUAUAAGAUACACUACCUGGGAUGAUGCUCAGAAAAUAUUGAAAUUCGAACAAGAAAAGGGCGAGCAGGUGUCAAAACCCCGCGAGAAGCUACUUACUAUCGAAGAAAUGCUUCAAGUGGUCAACAAGUGA